AAGCAGACUAUAAUAUUUAUUGCUUCAUAGAUACUUUGAUAUGGGUUGUUAUUUUGGUAUGUUUUGGUAGUUGGGUAGUUGGAUACUUUGGAUAAUAUGAUAUGCGUACAUAUAUAUAAUAGAUUCGAUUUUGACAAGUCUAAGAGAGGUUAAAGAUGAAGUUUGAUUUUUUAAAAAAUAUGUAUCAUUUUAUAAAAAGUCGCAACUAUUUAAAGUGACUGAAAUGAACUUAGGACCAACAAAUUCAUUUGGAAAUUGUUUACUGUAUGCCGGUUUCAAUCAAGAUCAAGGAUGUUUUGCUUGUGCAACAACUUCUGGAUUUAGAGUUUAUAGUUGUGAUCCUUUAAAAGAAAAAGAAAAACAGGAUUUUGAAGAUGGGGGUUUGGGAUAUGUGGAAAUGUUGUUCCGUUGUAAUUAUUUAGCAUUAAUUGGAGGAGGAAUGAAACCGUUAUUUCCUACAAACAGGGUUAUAAUAUGGGACGAUCUAAAGAAAAAUAUACCAAUUUCGUUAGAUUUUAAUGCACCAGUCCUUGCAGUAAAGUUAAGGAGAGAUAGAAUAGUCGUUGUUUUAGAAGGUGUAAUUAAAGUUUAUACAUUUACACAGAAUCCUCAACAGUUACAUGUUUUUGAAACAAAUUGUAACUCAAAAGGUUUGUGUGUACUUUGUCCAAACAGUAACAAUUCUUUGUUAGCUUAUCCAGGCAGAAAAAUUGGUAAUGUACAAUUAGUUGACUUAGCAAAUACAGAGAAACCACCUUUAGAUAUUAUUGCACAUGAGGCAAAUCUUAGUUGCAUAGCACUGAAUUUACAAGGUACAAGACUUGCCACAGCAAGUGAAAAAGGAACAUUAAUUAGAGUUUUCAAUACCAGUAAUGGAGAUAAAGUUGCAGAGCUGAGACGUGGAGCUCAUCAGGCUACUAUUUAUUGUAUUAACUUCAAUCAUACUUCAACUUGCCUUUGUGUAGCAUCAGAUCAUGGAACUGUACACGUUUUUGCCCUGGAUGAUCAGAAAUUAAAUAAGCACUCGUCAUUAGCCAAUGCAUCAUUUUUACCAAAAUAUUUUUCAUCAAACUGGUCAUUUUGCAAGUUUACCAUACCAAAUGGCCCACCUUGUAUUUGUGCUUUUGGAACCGAUAAUAAUUCAAUUAUAGUAAUUUGUGCCGAUGGGUGUUAUUAUAAAUUUGUUUUCAAUAACAAAGGAGAAUGUACAAGAGAUGUUAGCGCUCAGUUUUUAGAAAUGACUGAUGACCGUACAGAAACUGCUUCUUUAACAUAAUUAUUAUUUUUUGUCCAUAUGUUGCUAGUAGGUAUUUGUUUAUAUAAGUUAUUAUCAAAUGUAAAUUU